AGCGUCCAGCUCCUCCCGAGGCUGCCGCCCGCUCCUUCCCUGCCCACCUACCAUGAGGAGCAGCUCCUCCCACCUGCCCAUAAAAGCCAAGUGCAUGUUACCCGCGGCGGAUCCGAGCCCUUCCCCGAUCCUCUGCGUGGGAGCCCGCGAGCCUCUGGCCCUGGUCUUACGUGCGCAAGAAGUUGUUCUGGAAAUAGAGCAGCGUCAGGUGAAGAGACAGAAGCCAGCCCAAGGGCCGCCACAGGAAGACACAGGCAAGGACACUGGUCCUCGAUUCUGCUGGCCAGUCAAGUCUAAAUGUGAUGGCUGUGCCACCUGGGCCUCUGCAGCUGCUGGGGGUGCUGCUUACCAUUUCCCUGAGCUCCAUCUGGCUUGUUCAGGCCGGUGCCUACUAUGGGAUCAAGCCACUGCCACCUCAAAUUCCUCCUCAGAUGCCACCGCAGAUUCCACAAUACCAGCCCCUGGGUCAGCAAGUACCUCACAUGCCUUUGGGCAAAGAUGGCCUAGCCAUGGGCAAGGAGAUGCCCCACUUGCAGUAUGGCAAAGAGUAUCCACACCUUCCCCAAUAUAUGAAGGAGAUUCAACCAGUGCCAAGGAUGGGCAAGGAAGCAGUACCCAAGAAAGGCAAAGUAGAAAUACCAUUAGCCAGCUUACGGGGGGAACAAGGUCCCCGUGGAGAGCCCGGCCCAAGAGGACCACCUGGGCCCCCCGGCUUGCCAGGUCAUGGGAUACCUGGAAUCAAAGGAAAACCAGGGCCACAGGGGUAUCCAGGAGUUGGAAAGCCAGGCAUGCCUGGAAUGCCAGGGAAGCCAGGAGCCAUGGGCAUGCCUGGAGCAAAAGGAGAAAUUGGGCCCAAAGGGGAAAUCGGGCCUAUGGGGAUCCCAGGGCCACAAGGACCUCCGGGGCCUCACGGGCUUCCUGGCAUUGGGAAGCCAGGUGGGCCAGGGCUACCAGGACAACCAGGAGUAAAGGGUGAUCGAGGACCCAAAGGACCACCGGGACCUCCAGGCCUUCAGGGUCCCAAAGGAGAGAAGGGCUUCGGGAUGCCAGGCCUGCCAGGCCUAAAGGGUCCUCCAGGGAUGCAUGGCCCUCCCGGCCCCGUGGGGCUGCCAGGAGUAGGCAAACCAGGAGUGACAGGCUUUCCUGGGCCCCAGGGCCCCCUGGGAAAGCCAGGGCCUCCGGGAGAACCUGGGCCGCAAGGCCCUAUUGGGGUACCAGGGGUUCAAGGACCUCCUGGGAUACCUGGCGUUGGAAAACCAGGCCAGGAUGGGAUCCCUGGCCAGCCAGGAUUUCCAGGUGGCAAAGGAGAGCAGGGACUGCCAGGGCUGCCCGGACCCCCAGGCCCUCCAGGGAUAGGGAAACCAGGCUUCCCAGGACCCAAAGGAGACCGGGGCAUGGGGGGUGUUCCUGGGGCUCUUGGACCACGAGGGGAGAAAGGACCCAUAGGUGCCCCUGGAGUUGGGGGUCCCCCAGGAGAGCCAGGCCUGCCUGGGAUCCCAGGUCCCAUGGGUCCUCCGGGUGCUAUUGGUUUUCCUGGACCCAAAGGAGAAGGUGGGAUUGCGGGCCCUCAGGGGCCACCAGGUCUCAAGGGUGAGCCAGGGCUUCAAGGCUUCCCAGGAAAGCCAGGUUUCCUUGGUGAGGUAGGGCCUCCUGGCAUGAGGGGUUUGCCAGGGCCCAUAGGGCCCAAGGGAGAAGCUGGGCACAAAGGCCUGCCAGGGCUCCCUGGUGCUCCAGGGCUUCUCGGACCGAAGGGAGAGCCAGGAAUCCCAGGGGAUCAAGGAUUACAGGGCCCCCCAGGCAUCCCGGGGAUUGCAGGCCCUAGUGGCCCCAUUGGACCACCGGGAAUUCCAGGCCCCAAAGGAGAACCAGGCCUUCCAGGGCCCCCUGGGUUCCCUGGUGUCGGGAAACCCGGAGUGGCAGGACUUCACGGCCCCCCAGGGAAGCCAGGCGCUCUUGGUCCUCAAGGCCAGCCUGGCCUUCCGGGGCCCCCAGGCCCUCCGGGGCCUCCCGGACCCCCAGCGGCGAUGCCCCCGACACCACCGCCCCAAGGCGAGUACCUGCCAGAUAUGGGGCUGGGAAUUGAUGGCGUCAAACCCCCGCGUGCCUACGGGGCUAAGAAAGGCAAGAACGGAGGGCCGGCCUACGAGAUGCCUGCGUUCACCGCCGAGCUGACCGCACCUUUCCCGCCGGUGGGGGCCCCGGUGAAAUUUGACAAGCUGCUGUACAACGGCAGACAGAACUACAACCCGCAGACGGGCAUCUUCACCUGUGAGGUCCCCGGCGUCUACUACUUUGCGUACCACGUUCACUGCAAGGGGGGCAACGUGUGGGUCGCUCUGUUCAAGAACAACGAGCCCGUCAUGUACACAUACGACGAGUACAAAAAGGGCUUCCUGGACCAGGCGUCCGGGAGCGCGGUGCUGCUGCUCAGGCCGGGAGACCGGGUGUUCCUUCAGAUGCCCUCGGAACAGGCCGCGGGACUGUACGCCGGGCAGUACGUGCACUCCUCGUUUUCAGGAUAUUUAUUGUAUCCCGUGUAAACAAGAAAAGAAAAAAAAAAAAAAAAAAAGAAAGAAAGAGAUUUAAUAGAAGAAAAGAAAAUGCACCUGACAAAUGAAAAACAUGAAUUGCUUCGAAACAUUUAUAUAGUUGGAAAGUUAUAUUUAAGUGAAAAUUUGGACCAUCGUGUACAAAUAAAAACUAAGAUGCAUGUUUAAUACUCUGCACAGCAGCUUGUAAUUGAAAAUGAUGGGAUAGAUUUAUGUAUCAAGUACUGACACUCGGUUGUACCCACUGGAAUCAGAUUAGCUGUUGUAUGUUAUACGCUUCCACGAUAACCUGCUUAUUCAGAUCAGUCGAAAUAUAUCAGUAUGAAAGAACAUAGCUAAUGAAAGUCACUCACUCAUAUUGUUUACUUUAAAAUAUUUAUAAAUAUGCCUUAAAGAAAUAUCAGUGAUAACAA